UCUCUCACCCUUUCUCGUUCACUCGUUCCUGCCCCGUCCUGCAGCAGAGGGGCUGCCACGUGCUGGUCCUGGGCUCAGAACCCCACACACACACCCCAGCCCCCAGCCCCACCUGCAGCUACGAGCUGGCCCCGGCUCUCCAGCCACGAGGCUGGUGUUUGUGCGUCCGGCGCAUCUUCGGUCCCCUCUCUGCUCCGUACCCGUCCGUUCAGCCCCGGCACAGGACGAGGGAGCCCAGACACCAUGGCGGUAUCGGGGGCCUGGGCCCAGCCGAAAAUCCGGCCUACGCUUCUGCUCUUUCUGGUAGCUACAGCCUGUGCACUAACAACACUCGAAUUGAAGGCGAACACCAGCUCAGGGACCAGUGAGGAAAACCGGCACAACGGUACCGGUCUGGAAACUACCUCGCCCUCUGCCGAAUUAACCAGCACCAGCCCCAGGCCCUCUGCCGAAUUAACCAGCACCAGCCCCGGGCCCUCUGCCGAAUUAACCAGCACCAGCCCCGGGCCCUCUGCCAAAUUAGCUGGAAACAGCACCGAGCCCUCUGCCAAAUUAGCCGGGCAUCCACCCACCGCGGCACAGCAGGAACUCACCACCACCCAGACGCUGGCAACGAAGGAGCCGGUUGUCUCGGUGUCUCCAUCUGCCCUUCCCUCUACGGAGGCAGCCCUGGCCCUGGGAUCCGGCCCGGUCGGGGUGACGGCAGCGGGUGGAAAACAGCCCGUCACGAAUCUGACACAGGAGGGACGGACGGGGCAAGCGGGCAGGGUACCAGGGAGCCCCGGUCCGGAGCAGGAGACUCAGACACUGCCAGGCAGGAGUGGGCAGAACAAGAGUGCCCCCACGGAGCCCGCCAAGGCCAAGGGCAUCGAUCAGAGCGGGGACAACCGGACCGUGCCAGCCAGCACCGAUCGGACCAGAGGCUACUGGGAGAACCAGCCCACCCCCGAACUCUCACCCUCUGCUCUACCCCCCACUCCGCCUGUCAACAAAAAGCCCGACUUCAAGGCUCCGGCCCCCACCCCCACCUCCUCCUCCUCCACCCGCCAGCUGCCCGUGGGCAUCAUUGUGGUGCUGGUCGUUGUUGCCAUCCUGGUGCUGGCCCUGCUCGCCAUGGUGCUGCACUGUCGGAAGCGGCGCCGGUCCGGCUCCACCAGCUUCAGCGGGCGGGCGGGGCCCGGCGAGUGGGCAGGGCCGGUGAACCUGCCAGAGGAGAAGGGCGAGGGGCAGGCUGGGGACGGGGGGCAGCAGGCCGGGCCAGGUGAAGCCAGGCGGCCCACGCUGACCACUUUCUUCGGGAAGCGCCACUCCCGGGUGUCCUCGGUGGCCAUGGAGGACGUAGCCGGGACGAAGGGCGAGGGGCCCUUUUCGGAGCCCCUGCUGGCUGCAGGGGAACAGGGGGGUGACCCCACGCCACAGGGGGCAGGGGAAGCCAAUGGGACAGUGCCCUUGAUGCCCGGACCCCCCUCACCUCCUCCGGAUCCCCCCGCCAAUGGGGAAUUCCCCCUGCCCCCGCCCAUGGAGCAGGAAGCCAUGCCCCCUGUGUAAGCCCCGCCCCAAUCACCUGCCCCGCCCACAGCGCCCCCUGCUGGGGGAGGCCGGGUCUGUUUCUAUCUGCCCACCUAGGCUCUGUGGGAUUCCUUGUCUUUCUUGCUCAAGUCUUUCUUUUGUCUUUUGCAAGAUUUUCCGCCGUCCCCAGCCACAAGUUUCCUGUUUAUGAUUCACUCUUCGAGGCCGUUUGAAUUCGGAGAGAACAGUUUAGGGUGUGAACAGCAUAGAACCCAGGAGUCCUGGCUCCCACCCCAUCCCCUGCUCUAGCCCACUAGACCGCACUCCCCUCCCAGAGCCGGCUGUAGAAACUGGCCAUCCAGCUGAGGAGUGGGGAUGGGGGGAGCCCAGGGCUGGGCUGGGGGGCUGCAGGUCGGGAGUGAGGGGCACCGGCAGAGCUGGGCGUGUGAUUGUGGUUCGGGGCAGGAUGCUCAUGUCUCUUGGUUCGUCACAAUUUCCUUUCCACUCACUCUCAGGACUUGAGUAAUUAACGGCUGAAUCUGUUACAGGAAGGCCAGCUCUGCAGGUGCCCCUCACUCCCGACCCGCAGCCCCUGCCAGCCCAGCCCUGGGCCCCCCAGCUCUGCCGGUGCCCCUCACUCCCGACCCGCAGCCCCUGCCAGCCCAGCCCUGCCCCCCCCAGCUCUGCCCAUGCCCUGGGACACUUGCCUGUACAUUUUACGUGAGAGGAAAUCACACCCAUUUCUGCAGAGUUUUAUAUUUUUGUGUAUUUAAUAAAAAGGUUUGCGGCUCCA